UCUAUAAAUUGAAGAGUCCUUUGAUGCACUAACAUGACAAGAAAACCAAAUUGAGGAGAAAAUGAAGCACUUAGUAAUUAGUUGUGCCAUGUCAAUGGAAAAGCAAAAACACUACAUUGCCAUGCUCCUCACACAAGCUAUUUUUGCAGGCAUGGCUUUGUUUUCUAAAUCUGCAAUAUCUCAAGGGAUGAACCCUUAUGUUUUUGUGACUUAUCGUCAAGCAUUUGCUAUCAUCGCGUUAGCCCCCCUCGCUGCCUUCUUUGAAAGAAAAUCUGAUGUUCCUUUAUCCUACAACAUCAUAUUGAAGAUCUUCCUGAUGUCAUUACUUAACACUCUAAGUUUGGAUCUAUAUUAUUUUUCCAUACAUUACACCACAGCAACAUUUGCUGCAGCCUCCACUAACUUAAUUCCAGCCAUCACUUUUUUUAUGGCAGUAAUUUUAAGAGUGGAGGCUCUUGCAAUAAAGAAGUCACAUGGAAUGGCAAAAUUGUUGGGUUCUUCAAUUGGUGUUACAGGAGCUUUGGUAUUUGCCUUAGUUAAAGGUCCACAAUUGAACUUCAUGAAUUGGUUCAAAGGGAACACAAGGGGAACUCAUAGCUCAAAUUUGAAUUAUAGUUUGAAGGAAGAGUGGUUAAAAGGUUCACUAGUCAUGGUUUUGGCUAACAUUACAUGGUCUCUAUGGCUCAUUUUACAGGUUCCUAUUGUGAAACUAUAUCCAGCAAAGCUUCGUCUUGCUACUCUAUAUUGCUUGUUUAGCUGGAUACAAUCUUCAAUUUGUGCCAUGGUGAUGGAAAGGAAUAUAUCAGCAUGGAAGCUAAAAUGGGACAUUAAUCUUUUUUCAGUAGCUUACUGUGGUUUUAUUGUUACAGGCUUGACAUAUUGGAUACAACUUUGGACUGUAGAGAAAAAAGGGCCAGUAUUUAUAUCUAUGUUCACUCCAUUAUCACUCAUCAUAACUGCCAUAGUGUCAGCAUUUUUGUGGAAGGAAACACUUUAUGUGGGAAGUGUAUGUGGAGGAAUAUUGCUAGUUGGUGGGCUUUACUUGGUCCUAUGGGGAAAGAAUAGAGAAGCAGAGAGGGAAAUAAAUCAAUAGUGGAAAUCAAGGAUGGAAUUACAGUAAUUUAAUAGGACAAUAUUGUAUACUC